AUGGCAGCGGAGGCCAAACCGGCCGCGGCCAGCGGGAUUGCCGGCGAGAUGGAGGUGGAGGCGUACCGCCGCCUAUUCCCAGUGGCCUUCCUGGAGCGCCACCUCGGCGAGUCCGUCCGCAUCGAUGCCCGCCGCCUCAGAGAAGCCCGCCCCACCACCGUCGCCCUCGGCGCCGUCUCCUCCGCGCAUGGUUCCGCUCUCGUCCGCCUUGGCGAUACCGCCAUGCUCGCGUCGGUCAAGCUCGAGGUGAUGUCUCCCACGGCCGAGUGCCCAGACGAAGGAUCCGUCGCUGUUGAGUUCCACAUGCCGCCCAUCUGUUCCCCGCUGGUUAGGCCAGGCCGAUCCGCUGAGGUUGCACCAGUCAUCUCCAAGGCCCUUGAAGACAUUUUGAUGAGUUCUGGAAUGCUAAAUUUGAAGGACCUCUGUUUGAUCACUGGGAAGGCUUCUUGGCUAGCAUACCUGGAUAUCUAUUGCCUGAAUGCUGACGGGUCUCUGUUUGACGCUGCACUUAUUUCAGCAGUGGCUGCCUUCACACAUUUGGAGAUUCCUUUAGUUUCUGUUGGUGAUGAUGGUAGAUUAUUUACUGUUGGAGGCAAUGAUGGAAAAAACAAAUUUGAAUUGGUAAACAGAGAAAAGAGGAACCUGACACUUGGCGACAUUCCAUUGUCCCUUACGUGUGCAUUUCAUAAAGAUAGUAUACUAGCGGACCCAACUUCUGAAGAAGAAUCGAUAAUAGAGACGUAUGUGACUGUUGUUGUAGAUUCUUCAGACCGCCUAGUGUCAUUACAAAAAGUUGGAGGUGCAGUGACAUCCAUGGCGACUAUUAAGGAGUGCAUUAGCUUGGCGAAAGAAAGGAGACAGAGCCUAAGAGAAAUUCUGAUAGACUCUGUCAAAGCCAUGGAAGUCGACCAAACUGAAUAA